CUAGACGGUCAUACAUCAUUUCUGUCAGUUAACAAAUUUCCCUUUGUUAGCGGAGGUGAUGGACUAUAGCUGUGUUUAAAACCAGAUAGGAAAAAAAAACUAUUGUCUCUGAACAGACGUGGUUUAUUGUUUGUUUCUUUCCGAGUGUUUACAUUUUUUUUUAGUUGUUUGGAUGCUCAGUCAAGGAGGCACAAGUGAGAAGAUGCACAGUACCUGAGAUUUUUUUUGGGGUCCACUUGUAAAAUAACUAGCCUACUUCUUGAUUUAAAAUCAUCUGUAUAUGGUGGCUUUUUGCUCCACUCAGGGACUGAAGGUCCCAAUAAAAUUGAUUUAGAACAUUUCAGUGGAGUCCACAACCGUCGCUCUUGGAACGUGAUGAUCUCACGAUACAAAUCGAGUCCCGGUUCCACCAUGUCCUUGGCGUUCUGUGGGAACGAGAACAACUCGUUGGCGUACAACGUGGACAGCGGCGUUCUCAACAACGGUUGCUUCCUGGACGCGCUCAACGUGGUCCCGCACAUCUUCCUGCUCUUCAUCACCUUCCCCAUCCUCUUCAUCGGCUGGGGCAGCCAGAGCUCCAAGGUGCACAUCCACCACAGCACCUGGCUGCACUUCCCUGGUCACAACCUGCGCUGGCUCCUCACCUUCAUCCUCCUCUUCGUCCUGGUCUGUGAGAUCGCAGAGGGCAUCGUCUCUGAUGGGUUCACCCAGUCCCUCCACCUGCACCUGUACAUGCCUGCAGGCCUGGCCUUCAUGGCUGGGAUCACCUCCAUCAUCUACUACCACAACAUCGAGACCUCCAACUUCCCCAAGCUACUGUUAGCUCUACUGUUCUACUGGGUCUUGGCCUUUCUGAUGAAAACCAUCAAGUUUGCCAAGUACACGGAGCACGGCAUCGGCCUGAGACAACUCCGCUACUGCAUCACAGGACUCCUGGCCCUGCUCUACGGACUACUGCUGGCUGUGGAGAUCAACGUCAUACUGGGCAGGCGCUACCUGUGUUUCACUGAGGCUACGGAGGUGAAACCCCCAGAGGACCUGCAGGACCUGGGGGUGAGGUUCCUGCAGCCCUUUGUCAACCUGCUGUCCAAGGCCACUUACUGGUGGAUGAACACCUUCAUCACGGCAGCCCACCGCCGCCCCAUCGACCUCAAGGUCAUCGGCAAACUGCCCAUCGCCAUGCGAGCCCUCACCAACUAUCUGAAGCUCCGCAAGGCUUUCGAGAGUCAGAGGGUAAAGAGGCCUCUGGGCUCCAUGCCGCAGGACCCUAAGUGGAUCUGGAGGGCCCUAUGCCAGGCGUUUGGACGUCCCCUCAUCAUCAGCAUCACCUUCCGCUUCCUGGCUGACCUGCUGGGCUUCGCUGGGCCCCUCUGUAUCUCUGGCAUCGUCCACCACAUCAGCAAGGAGAAUCCCACCAUACAGCCCCCGAUAAAGCUGCUGGGGGUCUACUUUAUCUCCUCUCAAGAGUUCUUGGCAAAUGCAUACGUGCUGGCUGUGCUGCUGUUCUUCGCCCUGAUCCUGCAGAGAACCUUCCUCCAGGCCUCGUAUUAUGUGGCCAUCGAGACGGGCAUCAACUUACGAGGGGCUAUACAGACUAAGAUCUACAAUAAGAUAAUGCGGCUGUGCACCUCCAACAUGUCUAUGGGAGAACUGACUGUGGGACAGAUCUGCAACCUGGUAGCCAUAGAUACCAACCAGCUCAUGUGGUUCUUCUUCCUCUGUCCCAACCUGUGGGCCAUGCCAGUCCAGAUCAUUGUGGGAGUGAUUCUGCUCUACUACCUCCUGGGGAUCAGUGCCUUGAUCGGGGCCACAGUCAUCGCUGUCCUGGCCCCUGUCCAGUACUUUGUGGCCACCAAGCUGUCCCAAGCACAGAAGAGCACCCUGGAGUACUCCAGCGAGCGGUUGAAGAAGACUAAUGAGCUGCUGCGGGGCAUCAAGCUGCUGAAGCUGUACGCCUGGGAACACAUCUUUUGUCACAGUGUGGAGGAGACCAGGGCCAAGGAGCUCACCAGCCUGGAGGCCUUCGCCCUCUAUACAUCCAUAUCUAUAUUCAUGAAUGCAGCCAUCCCUAUCGCAGCUGUCCUGACCACGUUUGUGGUCCAUGUGCACAUCUCUGAGGAGGCUGACCUGUCCCCUGCUGUGGCCUUUGCGUCCUUAUCCCUGUUUCACAUCCUGGUCACUCCUCUCUUCCUGCUCUCCAGCGUGGUGCGAUCCACAGUCAAGGCUGUGGUCAGUGCCCAGAAGCUGAGUGAGUUCUUCAGUAGUGAUGAGAUUGGAGACGAGCAGGAGCCCAACGCUACCAUGCCCGCUGGUCCCAGCAACCACAACAGCAAGUAUCAGGCUGUGUUGUCCUUUAAAAAGCCUAAGCCAUGCCCUGCCCCCUCCCUGCGCCCCUCCCAGCCCCUGAAGGUGGUGAACAGGAAGAGACCCCCCAGGGAAGACUGCUGGAACAACUACAGCCACAAGGGAGGCAACCCGCCCCCCCAGGAGAGGGACCAAGACCUCUGCAUCAGGAUAACCAGCGGAUAUUUCACCUGGACAGACGGACCUCCCACCCUGUCUAACAUAGACAUCAAGGUUCCCUUUGGUCAGCUGACUAUGAUCGUGGGCCAGGUGGGUUGUGGGAAGUCGUCCCUGCUGCUGGCAGCUCUGGGAGAGAUGCAGAGAGUCUCUGGGACUGUCACCUGGAACAGUUUGCCCAGCCUGGACUCUGAGGGAGAUGAGAGGUAUGUGUCUGAAGGAGACGAGAGCCUCACAUCAGACAAGGAUGCAGCUGGUGAUGGAGAUAUCCAGAAGAGAGGCCCUGUGGCCUAUGCUUCCCAGAAGCCCUGGCUGCUCAAUGCGACGCUGGUGGAGAACAUCACCUUUGAGAUGCCUAUGAUCAAACCCAGGUACAACGCUGUCAUUGAGGCGUGUUCCCUGCAGCCGGAUAUCGACAUCCUGCCACAGGGAGACCAGACGGAGAUCGGAGAGAGGGGUAUAAUUCUAUCUGGAGGGCAGCGCCAGCGUAUAGGUGUGGCCAGAGCCUUGUACCAACAGGCCAACGUGGUCUUCCUGGAUGACCCGUUUUCAGCGCUGGACAUCCACCUGAGUGACCACCUGAUGCAGGAGGGCAUCCUCAAACUGCUGAGAGAAGAGAAGAGAACUGUGGUGUUGGUCACUCACAAACUACAGUACCUACCACAUGCCGACUGGAUCAUUGCGAUGAAGAAUGGGACCACUCAAACCGAGGGGACUCUGAAAGACAUCCAGAACUCUGAGCCUGAGCUGUUUGAACAGUGGAAGACCCUGAUGCACCGGCAGGACGGCGAGUUUGAGAAGGAGACAGUGCCUGAGAGUAUGACGGUGUUGGAGCGUAAGAACCUGCGGAGAGCCAUGUACUCCAAAGAGGCUGCCAAGACUGAGGAGGAGGACACAGAAGACUCUGUGGACAGUGACGAGGACGACAACCUGUCCCAGGCCAUGCGUCACCGCGCCACCAUCCCCUGGCGCUCCUGUGGGGUCUACCUGUCCUCUGCAGGUCUUCUCCUCCUGUCGCUGCUCCUCCUAUCACAGCUUUUCAAACACUCCCUCAUGGUUGCCAUCGACUACUGGCUGGCCCACUGGACCUCCCACGUCAUCAAUGCCAAGAUGGAAGCCACCGGGAGGAACUGCACCGUCGCUCAGGAAUGUGGGUUCAACCACUCGUGGUACCUGUCAGUGUUCAGUGUGCUGUGCUGUCUGGGCAUCGUUCUGUGUCUGGUCACCUCUGUGGCCGUAGAGUGGACAGGCCUGAGAGUGGCCAAAGAACUACACCACAACCUGCUCAGCAAGAUCAUACUGGCCCCUAUGAGGCUGUUUGAGACCACUCCCCUGGGCAGCAUCCUCAACAGGUUCUCCUCUGACACCAACACCAUAGACCAGCACAUCCCUGCCACUCUGGAGUGUCUGAGUCGCUCCACCCUGCUGUGUGUGUCGGCACUGGGCGUCAUCUCCUACGUGACCCCUGUGUUCCUCAUCGCUCUGGUGCCUUUGGCCAUCGCCUGCUACUUCAUACAGAAGUACUUCCGGGUCGCCUCUAGGGACCUCCAGCAGUUGGAGGAUAGUACCCAGCUCCCUCUCCUGUCCCACUUCUCAGAGACAGUGGAGGGCCUCACCACCAUCCGGGCCUUCAAGUAUGAGCCCAGGUUCAGACAGAGGUUACUGGAGUUCACCGAUGCCAACAACAUCGCCUCCCUCUUCCUCACAGCAGCCAAUCGCUGGCUAGAGGUCCGCAUGGAGUACAUAGGCGCCUGUGUGGUUCUGAUAGCAGCUGUGGCCUCCAUCACGAACUGUCUGUAUAACCACCUCUCCACUGGCCUGGUAGGACUAGGACUCACCUAUGCACUCAUGGUGUCGAACUACCUGAACUGGAUGGUUCGUAACCUGGCAGACAUGGAGGUUCAGCUGGGUUCAGUCAAGAGAAUCAAUGGUCUGCUGAAGACUGAGCCUGAGAACUACGAAGGACUGCUCACUGCAUCUCAGGUGCCGGAUGGCUGGCCACAGCAGGGGGAGAUUCAGAUUGAGAACCUGAGUGUGCGUUACGACACCACCCUGAAACCUGUCCUCAAACAAGUCAACGCACACAUCAGCCCUGGGCAGAAGGUGGGGAUUUGUGGCAGGACAGGAAGUGGGAAGUCUUCUUUCUCCCUGGCCUUCUUUCGCAUGGUCGACAUGUUCGAGGGGCGUAUCAUCAUAGAUGACAUUGACAUCGCCAAGCUGCCUCUGCAGACCCUGAGGUCUCGAUUCUCCAUCAUCCUCCAGGACCCCAUCUUAUUCAGCGGAACCAUCCGGUUUAACCUGGACCCAGAGAAGAAGGCUACUGAUGACAUGCUGUGGGAGGCUCUGGACAUCGCUCAGCUCAAACCUGUGGUCAAGACUCUACCAGGAGGACUGGACGCCACAGUGACAGAGGGAGGGGAGAACUUCAGCCAGGGCCAGAGACAGCUCUUCUGUCUGGCCAGAGCCUUCGUCAGGAAGUCUAGCAUCCUCAUCAUGGACGAAGCCACAGCCUCUAUAGACAUGGCCACGGAAAGCAUCCUACAGAAGGUGGUGAUGACUGCCUUCGCUGAUAGAACAGUGGUUACUAUAGCACAUCGUGUCCACACCAUCCUGAAAGCAGACCUGGUGAUAGUGAUGAAGAGAGGACUAAUUCUAGAAUACGACAGACCCCAGGCGCUGCUGGAGAAAGAGGACAGUGUCUUCGCCUCCUUCGUCAAGGCGGACAAGUGACAGAGGAGGAAGAGGGGAGGACAUUCCAAAGUACAAUUGUACCAUGGACUAUAUAUUAUUAUUUUAUUUUCUAAUUCUGUAUGAUAUUCGUACAUAAAAUGUUAAUUCUUUGUUAAUAAAAAACAUAAAUACUCA